ACGAGUCGUAAACGAACUAUCGCCCAUCCGGGCUCCCAGCAUCUUCCUAGUGCUCAAGGGCCUUGUGCUCGUUUUCCGUUCCCGUGACGUAAAUGUCGUUGUAAAGAGGCACAGAGGCUAUCCAAUAGUUUUGAUACCGAUUGUACGAAUAAAAUCCGCCGGACGGCGAAGAUUCGCGAGAGUUACGCAAGUUACGGCGAAUGUUUACAUUUCCUUACGUUACCAAUUCUUAUUGUGUAAUGAAGGCAAGUGUGACACAUAAACCACAGAGCUAAACAUAUUAUAUAACUAUCUUCUUUUUUACUUGCUAAACUAGUUGUUUUUUUGUGAAAGUUACAAGCAAAAACAUUUUGCUGGAGACACUUCGAGAUUGCUUUAAAUCUCAGAUUGUACACUGGUAGCCUUCAAGUUUGCUAAACCUCUGCACCGGAUACACUGUUCUAUCUAAAUUUAAUUUCACCUUUUAACCUGCCUCAUUCUCAUCUUUAACACAUUUAUGGGCGCGUUCAAAUUCUUUCCUAUCCGACUCACCAUAUCUCGCACCGUUCGCUAAUCUGGACGGACUGGUCAGAUUUUUACGACCCGGCACACAGCGUCCACAGCGCUGUACGAUGCACCGUACUGCACCGUGAAGGACCGUAAGGAAGGUGAAUCAUUUAAAAAAAACGCACCUUCUUCUCGGUAAAGAGACUGUGCAUUGUUUCUCCUUGUGCACUAUAGCCCCCUUAUCCACACCUUCGUAAUAUGAGUCGAUGCUAACGGACGGUGUUCAUACAUGUGGGGGCCUGUCUACAUGUCUGCAUCACAUCGAUAUGAUACUGUGGCUCUGAGGUUUUUUUUUGGUUUUAGUUCCGGUAAUAAAAAGUAAAGCAGAAAACGUGUUAUGACGAAUAAACGAGGGUUAGAGUGUGCUUCGUCUCUUUGCGACGGUGCAGAAUUACUGCUGGCCUUGGACAAGGAAGCCCGCAUUCCCGGUGUGUCCCGGUUGGCAAGAACAGUGAAACGAUGGUACCUUCAAGGUGCAUAUCUUUAAUGAGAUUUGCAUGCCAUCGAUACAGGGAAGUUAAAGAUUCAUAAUCUUUUUUUUUGGCAGAAGAGUUUUCGAGGAGAUGAUGCACAACAAUAGCUGAGAUCAGAUAUAUGGCCCGCAUCAGCCGAAAAGGUUUGAGAAAAAGGAAGAAUUGGUUCUUCCCCAUUAUCCAAUACAUUAUUGACGAGACGAGGUUUUAUAGCUGACAGCUCAUUUCCUUUCUAAUCUUUGUUGUCAAUGUCAUAUUCGCUAGCCGGUGCUGGUGGCUUUUGAUAGCAUGAAGUUUUCGCUUACAAUUUAACACACCUCACUACGUACCAGUUGAAAAAUGUUAAAAAAAUAAGUUUCCGCCGUCGCCCUUCAAACCAGCAACUACUCGGUGAGUGGAAGCAGCUCGGUAGGUGCAGGUGGUAUGGAUAGGGUUUGUAGUUUCCCGUGGCCCCGGUGGACGCUUGUUUAUCGUCUUGGCUUGAAGUAUGGUUUUUCGAAAACAAAGAUAUGAUGUUGCCGCCAGCUAGCAAAAACCCAAAACAACUCUACUAAACAUAGGUGGCACUACCCUUUCCUUCCCACUGCCCUUCCCCCAAAGAAUCACACUCAUACAUAGGCGCGCUGUAAAGUGUCUUCUUUCUCGCGGGUUCUUUCGAAUGGUGAGUUGGUAAUGACACUGGGGCCUGUGAUUCGUUUGAAGGCAAAUUAAAGUAAACAUCAGACAGCCCGGCGGCACGCGCAACUGGGCAUGAGUACUGGGCUGGAAAAGGGGAAACGGUACGAACGUAGGGUGAGGAAGGUAUUAGACAAUACUAUUACUUUAAGGAAGGUUGUUGAAUUAGUCCUUUUUCCAAUAUCCAAAAGUUCUAGCCAUCAGAUAUUCGAAGUAUCUCCAAUGAAUUGUUUCAUUCUUUACUUGGUCCAUAUAAUAUUAUGUCGUAAAAUCUAAGCUGUGUCUUCAGUCGCAUGAUUUAUAGUUCUUCAAAAAAAAGCUCCAUAUCCCUUAGCCCUGCACAGGCAAACAGGCAAUAAAGAAGUUCUUUGAAUCGAUAGAUAUCACCAUUUAAAAAGGCACCCAACGGGUGCAGUAGUUGGAGACGGUGCAUGCCUCCAUAUACUGCCAGCGACAAUAGGACGCUAGUAUCGGCGUGCCUAGCAGAGCUCUAGGGAGCUAACACAGGCUGAGUAACCGUAACGCCGCUUCAGUGCUAUGACAGUUGCGUUUUUUGUGUUGAUCGUCGCGCCGAUCUUCGUGUCAGUCCACAUCGGCUUGCUGAUCGUGAAGCGUCCAGCCCCAUUAUACAGUGCGCUGCGGAUGCGUUAGUGUCGUUUUUCGCGAGUUGUGUCGUUUUGCUACGAAGAAACUAUUUGAAGCUGUAUGUGUCACAGGCUUGCGGGAGGUAUUUUUAAAUUGUUCCGUGCGACCAGAUUUGUUCACCGAAAAUGCCUAAAAGUCCGAAAACGCGGUGUGCGAUGAAGGAGAAGAGCAAAAAUGCCGCUCGCUCCAGGCGGGAAAAGGAGAAUGCGGAGUUUCUCGAGCUGGCAAAGCUGUUACCAUUGCCGAGCGCUAUCACGUCACAGCUUGAUAAGGCUUCGAUCAUCCGACUAACUACGUCCUACCUGAAGAUGCGUGCCGUUUUCCCGGAAGGGCUGGGAGAUGCGUGGGGCUCACAGCACAUACCGAACAAUCCGCGCGAUCUUGCGAUUAAGGAGCUCGGUUCCCAUCUGCUGCAGACGCUAGAUGGGUUCAUCUUUGUCGUUGCACCGGAUGGUAAGAUUAUGUACAUCUCGGAGACGGCCUCGGUACAUCUCGGGCUUAGCCAGGUGGAGCUGACCGGGAACUCCAUCUACGAGUACAUACACAACUACGAUCAGGACGAGAUGACAUCAGUGUUGUCACUCCAGCCGAACAUGUUUGUACCACCGGCACCGGCUGCCGGUACCGAACCUAGCGGUACCGGUCCACUACUCUCUUCCACACCCCACUCAUCCAUUGCCCAUCCGGGCACGAACACAUCCGACACAGCAAUCUCACCGUUUGCCAGUCUGCUACAUCCCGGUGGUGGUGACUCUCCACCACAGAGUCUUGCCUCGUCCGUUACUUCAACUGCCGCGAUCGGUGGCACACUCGGCCAAGCGGGACCACCCAGUUUAUCGCCUAACGAUAUGCAAACCGCAAUGCAUCAUCAACAGCAGCCACAUAUGGGUGGCACCGGUGAUCAUUCGCCACUCGGAACGGCCAAUCCACCGACUUACGGUACGGGCACGGUUGGGUAUGGGAUGCAUCAUCCCCAACAGUCCCACAAUUAUCACAAUCAUCACCAUGGCCAUUAUCAUCAUCACCACCAUCAUCACAGCUACGGGCAGCAUCAUCUGUCGCAAACGAUUGAGAUCGAGCGUACCUUCUUUCUGCGUAUGAAGUGUGUGCUGGCGAAGCGUAAUGCCGGUCUUACGACCAGUGGCUAUAAGGUUAUACAUUGUUCGGGAUAUCUGAAGGCACGUAUAUAUCCGGGCGAUGCCACGUACGGUGAUGGGCACAGCUGUAUCCAGAAUCUGGGUCUGGUGGCGGUCGGUCACUCACUGCCACCGUCCGCCAUUACGGAAAUCAAACUCUACCAGAACAUGUUUAUGUUCCGUGCCAGCAUGGACCUGAAGCUGAUCUUUCUCGAUGCAAAAGUGGCACAGCUCACAGGAUACGAGCCACAGGAUCUAAUCGAGAAAACACUCUACCAGUACGUCCACGCAGCGGACAUCCUUCACAUGCGUUACUCGCAUCAAGUUUUAAUGUACAAAGGCCAAGUUACAACAAAGUAUUAUCGGUUCUUAACGAAAGGCGGUGGUUGGGCUUGGGUACAAUCGUAUGCUACCGUUGUCCACAAUACACGCUCCUCUCGGCCACAUUGCAUCGUAAGCGUGAACUACGUUUUGAGCGAUCAGGAAGCGCAGGAUCUGCUAUUGAAUGAGGUUCAGCAACCCCAACAUACUGGAUCAACACAGCAUCAGACAUCACCGAACGUCAAACCGGAAGCAAACGCUGGAGGUGUUGGAGGUGCAGGUAAUGCGAAUAAAGAGCGAAACCAUGGUGAACCAGCGACAGCACUGGCCGCUACAAUAACACCAGUGUCCGGGUUAACUUCCGGCGUUCCUGCCCAUAUGUCACCGAUCGGUGGUACAGUGGUGGGUGGUAACGCUACUGGAAGGCGGAAUAGCUUACAAUCGUUGCAACCUUCUCAUCAGGCUAGUAUGUCUUACAACUCGUUAAUGAUGGGGAAAGAUCUUCAGGAUCAUCACCUUCAGCAACAGCAGCAACAGCCACAGCAACACCAGCAACACCAGCAGCAUCAGCAGCAACAACACAGCAGCUUCAUUCAGCUGUCUAGUUUAGACGACGAUGCCAGCCUGGGCCCAAUACCGGGAGCACCUUCGGCCUGUCUGGUUACACAUCCUGGUUCUUCCAUGCCAUCUGCCCAUGAUGAUUACGAGCUGCAGCUGCAGUACAGCACUGGUGGUACCCAUCAGGAUUCGAACACGCCCAGUACCGGGUACUGUAUGAAUGCCGCACCCACUGGCGGAAUGCUCGAUGGGCACGCGGGAUCACGCGUUGUUGCGGAUGGUAGUGACGCAUUUUUGGAGCCGUAUUACGAUCAGUUCUAUGGUGGUUAUGACUCCCGACAGGAUCCAAUCUCUUUGCGUCCAUUUUCGGCGAGUUCUAACAGCUGCAGCAGUUCGGAGGGUGAGGGAACGCUUGCACAGCACCACCAACAUCACAACCAGCAACAUCACCAUUCACAGCAGCACCAUCUUCAACAACCACCACCCAGCUACGAUAGCAUGGCGAAUAAUACGCUGUCUAUGUCCGGUGGAGGUACGGGCGUGCUACGACAGCAUGUUGGUACGGGUACAGAUCAAAGCUAUGGUGAUCUUCAUCUAGAGAACCACUAUGCACCUACUAACGGGCAUCACCACCAGCAACACCAUCACCAGCAACACAAUCUCGAACAACAUCCUCACAUGAACGGUACCGUUGGUAAUGGGAGCUCCACGUUUCUGUAUGAUGCCUCCCCAGCAACGUUGGAUGGUAGCACUAGCUCAGCUUCUCCGUUCGAUGGGAUCUCGCAGCAGCAACCGUUCGAGCAUCAGCACACCUUGCACCAUCUCGGACCGGCUACUCAUCAGCAACAUUUCCGACAGCACGAACUCCAGCUUGGUGGUGCACCGUUGGUUAGUACGUCCGGCAUGCUUGGGAUGGAAUCACCGGCACGGAGAACUGUCGGAGAUCGUGAAGAACCUACCGGUGAUACUGGAGCGUCAAAAUCAUCCAAACUGCCUAACCAUCCGGUUGUGUCAACCAACGCGAACGGCAACAAUAAUUCCACCAUCGGUAACGGUUGUACCGUGAAUGGGAAUAAUGGUGGAAAUCCCACCAACAGCUCUAUUCCGCUUCAAGCGACAAACAAUGGCAGUAACCGAAUUACUAACAGCAGUAUAAUUAUAAGUAAUGCAAGCAGCACCGAGUGUAACCAUGGUGACACUAAUGGUGGGGGUGUCGUUACUAUCAACGUUAAUCUAAACCAUAUGCAUAAUCACAGCAAUAACAAUUCCACCGGCAACAACCAUCUACUUACCAGCAAUAAUAACGACCAUAACGCUGCGAUUAACAAUAAUAACAACACGAACAGCAACAAUAAUAAUCUGCACAGCGCGAAAGGAUACGGCACGGGCGUGGGUGUCGGUAGUGACGUCCGUUCGGUCGGUAUGGAGAGUAAGAAACCUACCGUCGCUACCCGUAAUCAAGCGAACCGCCAACAGCAUCACUAUUCCGACACUUACGGGCUGCCGCACUAUACGAGCGUUAUCGUCGAGUCGACAUCGACUACGUCGGCAGGAUCUAGUACGGCGAGUACCACCACAACAACCACGACCAACAACAACAAGCAGCUGUCAUCGAGUGAGUACAUCCCACAGCAGUGUACGUAAAGGAGAUGUAAAGGAAAAGAACCAAAAGAAAAAAAAACUGUGGCGAUAAUAUUCUCACACACACACACAAAAACAGGGAUCAAUUUCUAUACGGGCACUUUAAUCAAUCGGAUUUUAUGUGUUGGCGGUAUUGAAACAAAACCAAAAAAAAAAAAAUAUCGACAUCGUUACCCGACAACAAGCCGGAUUAUUUGUUAGGACUGUAAUUUAUGCGUGAAGACAACUAACCUUUUUUUCCUGUUCCGUUACACUUGGUUUGGACGCUGGGCUGAAAUAGUUGGCACAAUCUGGUACAAUUUUAUGGUGACAGGGGACAACCAAAAAAAAACACUGAACCGCGUACAAAUGGAAAAGAACUUCAGCCGGCACUUGAUAGAAAGCAAACAUUCGUUAGGAUUAGCCAAUUCCGGGGGUGCGAUUUUAACGCCAGCUAAUUAAUCGAUAGGGUUCUAGUUUCGUGUGUAGCGCCUUAAUGUUUUGUAUCGCAUUUUCUUUUAGUCACAUUACUAUUUAACUUUAUUUAUUGUACGUCGAUUCAUUCGCUUUCGUUUUGUAUCAUACUCCUUUGUUUUGGCUUUGAUCCACCGGACACGCCGGGGGUCCACCAAAAUCCAGCAUCUUCUCAUACGUUUCCUUUCUGUUUUUUUUCCCUAUGCUUCCCAAUCCUCAUCCGGGAUCCGUGAUCCCUUUAUGUAUUUCUUUGCGUAACCUUCAACUAUUUCCCACCUCCCCCCAAAUUUUGCGGUUCUUUUUCUUGGAAGUUUUGAGCAGGCUGGCUGUUCCUUUUUUGGUGGAGCACACACAGCUACAGGAUUAGUGAACAUCACAGUUAAUCAAUUCAAAUACAAUCAAUGAUAUACUGCUUGUGUA